CGAGUCUCCUGGAAUUUCGCUUCCCCACAGCGUCACUCCAAUUAUGGUGUAAGCAAUUCCCAUCACCACUAGGGGCAGCAUGUAGACCAGCACAGACACUAUGGCGUGGUACCUGGACCAUCACAAAGGUGUGGGAGUGGAGAUGACUCAGCACAAUGUUUUAUGUUGUGCUGACUGGCGAUUUCUUCAUACACAUGCUUUGAGUAAGGACAAACUGAUCUCAGCCUGAAGUGGCAGCUUCUGUCACUGGGUGAAAUCUGAACCCGGGUGAAGAAGAAGAAGAAGAAGACUGGAGAAGAACAACACUGGAGAAGGAAACAGGGGAGGAAGUGAGUCUCUGAGUUGCCGAUGGAGAUGAUCAGUUUGCCAGUGCUGCGCCGUGUGGCGAUCUGUGGUGGCACACAUGGAAACGAGAUGUCUGGGAUUUACGUGGUGCUGGAGCUGGAACGACAGCAGAAAGAGAAAGGUGAUGCCGCAUGGUCCAUCCCUCUCACCACGGUGCUGUCCAACCCACGUGCUAUAGAAGAGUGCAGGAGAUACAUGGACAAGGACCUCAACCGCUGCUUUACCAGUGCCUUGCUUAGGUCUCCGAUCACUUCUGAUACUCCGUAUGAGAUACAGAGAGCUCAGCAGUUAAACUCUCUGUUGGGUCCCAAAGGUUCAGAAGAUGCUGUAGAUAUUAUCUGUGACCUCCAUAACACCACGGCUAACAUGGGCCUCACCGUCAUCUCCUACUCUUGGAGCAACUGGAUCUGCCUUCAAAUCUUUAAACACUUACAGGCCAAAAUCACCGACGUGCCUGUGAGAUUGCUGUUGAUUAAUGUUCCACCUGGAGAAGCUUAUUCCCUAGAGUCUGUUGCUAAGUAUGGCAUCUCUUUAGAAGUCGGGCCACAGCCACAAGGCGUUGUCAGAUCAGACAUCUUCAACUUCAUGAAACAGGGUGUAGACGCCAUUCUGGACUGGACUGAAACCUUCAACUCAGGGAAAGUAAUUGAAGGAGGAGAAGUAGAGGCCUAUUUAAUUCAGAAAAGUAUCGAUUACCCCAGAGACCCUAAGACUGGAAAACCCACGGCUGCCAUCCAUCCACAGCUACAGGAUCAAGACUUCUGCCUUCUUCAGCGUGGAGAUCCUGUGUUCCUGACGUUCUCUGGAGAGACGCUGAGCUACGAAGAAGAAGAACCGCUUCAUCCUCUCUUCAUCAACGAGGCCGCUUACUACGAGAAGGGAAUCGCCUUCCAUCUGGCUCGCAAGAAAACGCUGAGCGUCCCGAGUAUACGAGCGAAAACAGACUGAGAUAAAAACUGAAAAAUGAGGAGUUCAGGAAAAGAGGACAGGAAGUUGCAUGCACAGUACCAAAGCCGAUGAUUUUAAUCUUUUUCUUAUAAAUCACAGCCUCAGGUUUUAAAAUCAUCACAGCAUGAUUCCUAACCAAAAUAUGAUGCAAUAUGAUGCAAUGGAUUGUUUACUUGAAUUUUUUAAAACAAACUUUAAUUUUCCAUUUUAAAUUUUAUUUUAAAAAAGUAAACUAUUAGUAUGUAUAUUUACACUUUCACCAGAAAUGUUUAUGUAUGUAUGAAUGUAUUCAAUCAGGCCUAUAAAUAAAUAAAAAUCAGCAGAUACAUA